AUUCAGGAGGACUCUUCUAACCGGAUUUCUGCGGAGAUCUUCAUUUUCACGAUGAAGUAAGGCUGUGCUAGAAUGUCAACUUUGCGAACUGCGUCUGAUGAGAGACCAGGACAACAAUAACUCGGUGAGAACAUUUAAAUAUCUGUGGGUUUCACUUGAAGAUCAACAUGAAGUUCGCCCAGAUCAUGCUGAAGAACAGCUCCAAGCUGAACAUACCUAAACAGGUGGACAGAUUCUCCAAGUUCUCUCCGUCCCCGCUGUCAAUGAAGCAGUUCAUUGACUUUGGAUCUGCCAAUGCCUGUGAGAAGACCUCCUUUAUGUUUUUGAGGCAAGAACUUCCCGUCCGGUUAGCCAAUAUCAUGAAGGAGAUAGACUUCCUCCCGGACAAACUGCUCAGCACUCCUUCACUGAAGCUUCUUCAAAGCUGGUAUGCGCAGAGUCUGAUGGAGCUUGUUGACUUUUUGGAGAAAGACCCUGAGGAUAAAAAAAUCCUGACUAAAUUCACAGAAACGCUGAUCAAUGUCAGGAACAGGCAUAACAAUGUGGUGCCCACCAUGGCACAGGGAGUGCUGGAGUACAAGGAGGCCUUUGGCGUGGAUCCUGUGACCAAUCAGAACGUCCAGUAUUUUUUGGACCGCUUCUACAUGAGCCGAAUCUCCACACGCAUGCUGAUGAAUCAGCACACGUUAAUCUUUGAUGGAAGCACCAAUCCAGCCCACCCCAAACACAUAGGCAGUAUCGACCCAAAUUGUGAUGCUGUGGAGGUUGUAAAAGAUGCCUAUGAAAGUGCCAAGUUACUGUGUGAUCAGUACUACCUGACUUCUCCCGAAGUGGAAAUCAAACAAGUGAACUUUAAAGGACCCAAUGACCCAAUACAUAUAGUUUAUGUGCCUUCUCAUCUGUACCACAUGCUCUUUGAGCUCUUCAAGAAUGCAAUGAGAGCAACUAUUGAAACCCAUGAGACCAGCCUACAUCUCCCACCAAUCAAAGUGAGAGUUUCUCUAGGAAAAGAAGAUCUGACCAUCAAGAUGUCUGACAGAGGAGGUGGGGUUCCUUUGAGGAAAAUCGAAAGGCUUUUUAGUUACAUGUAUUCAACUGCACCGAGUCCUGUGACUGAAGACACUCGCAAUGCUCCCCUGGCUGGUUUUGGCUACGGUCUUCCUAUUUCCCGCCUUUAUGCCAAGUACUUCCAGGGAGAUCUGCAGCUCUACUCUAUGGAGGGAUACGGCACGUCGGCAGUCAUAUACCUAAAGGCUUUAUCCACUGAAUCAAUAGAGAGGCUUCCUGUGUUCAACAAGUCAGCCUUACGGCAUUAUCAAACAAGCAUGGAGGCGGAUGACUGGUGCAUCCCGAGCAGUGAACCCAAGAAACUGGGAAAGUACGAGUACGGUGUUUGAGAGGGAGCAGAAGCUCAUAUGAUAACCAUAAGGACUGAACUAUAGUGGAGGCCUUGAGUUAUUUUGGAUAACUAUGUAUGUGACUAUAUUUCAGAAUUAUGGAAUUAUCAAAGGGUUGAUAAUGGUCUUCAUAUGAAUGUUACAGUCUGAAUAACAAGGGCAUUUUUGUCUUCCACAUGUCACAUUGCUUGUAAUACACCACACACUUAAUUUGCAGUGUUAACUCUUUCAUUCAUAGUUUCAUAGGACACGGUACAACAUGUUAACUCUUCUGUGUCAGAGACUUCAGUUGAAUGGACUGAAGCGGACUGAUUGUUUGAAUAUGUUGAUUCCUACACAUUACCACGGAUUUGAACUGAUUCUGUAAGUGUGUUUUAGAGGAUGUGAACUGGUGUUUUAGUCAGUGGGGCCAAGUUACCAGCUUUGUGUGAGUUUUAUAGCAUGUAUCUCUAGCAAGAACACAAGUAACCAAGGCUUUAUUGAUUUCCUUGGUAGAAACUGCAUUCACAAUGCAAACGUUAGAAUGACCCUUGUUGUGUAUUGCUUGAUUGUGAGCUUGAAAUGUUCCUGUAACAGUUGGGCCUACUGUCUAACACUCCAUUUAGUUUUAAAUGUAAAAAUGUGAUGCUAACAUUAAGGCCAGAUCAUUUCAUAAACAUACAUUUAAAAAUAUGUUAAUUCAUUUUCAAAGUAAGAACAACAAAAGUUGUCAUGAUGACAUCCAAGUUACUCCACUGACAUUAAUAUAAUGAAAAUAAAUAAAUAAAAGAUUGAGUGUCACAAGGAACCGACAAAGUAAGUUUGGGCCCAGGUUAGUAACUACAGUGUUGAUUUAUUUAAAACUGGCUAGAUGUUGAUCUUUGUUAUGUGUGAAGCUUUUUAUGACCACAAUAAUUUAUGUUCUGAACAUUUCAGGUAUUCUGUAUGAACAAAAAUGACAUGUAGCACUAUAGUAGGUUUUUUUUUCUUAGCAUGAAAACACUGAAGAGGCAAUAUUUUUAUGUUCAUUUGCGUAUAAAUGAAAGAUAUUGUUGAAAUCAUUUCUUGUUUUAAAAUAUAUUAUCUCAGGAUUGUGCAGAUUUGCCUUUCUAUUUUUUUUUUUUUAUCAUUUCAUUUUGUUUUUAUUGUUGUUUUGUUUUCAUUUCAAUGUAAUAUUUGUAAAGUUGGCUUUUUGAAAGCAAUGCGAAGGACCUGUAUGAAUUUUAAGGGCACUCAAGUGGGAGCAGCUGCUCUCUGUCAAGUAACACUCAUCAAACUCCGGGUGUGUUUUAGCUGCUAGCAGUUUGCUAUCAUGUAUUUGCCUCAUACAGAAAUGGAAGUACUUAGACAACCUCUGUAGAUCAUUUGCACAUUUCCAAUUGUAAUCUAGAACUGACAUCUACCAUGUUGAUGUUAUUCAUUCAUACCUCAUAAGCUUAAUUUUUUUGCAAUCCCUCGAUAUCUCUGUCCUUGUGAAAUCACGCCUGCUUCUUGACGUGUUUUAGAUACACAAUCCUGUAUUCACAAAGGAGCAACUGUGUUAAUGAAUGCUCAGCACUAUUCAUGAAACUGUAUUUCAAUUUCACAUUCAGUGAGAGAGUGCCAUUUUAUGUACUAUUAAAACCAUGAAUGAAGAAAAAA